CACAUCCAUCAAGAGGGGUGCGCUCUUGCCACGCACACACACAAAUCCACUCUGCGCGCACCAUCUCGACCCGAAAGAUACAUUGUAGCGAAAGACGGUGUACUCUGUUGCAGCGCAAUACUAGGUCCUCAAUAUUACAUCACUUCUCCACCGCCUGUGGCCAGACUUGGUCACCUCCGUCGAAGGACGGAGGUCUAUGCCGCGGUGGCAAGAUGGAGAGCGACGAAGAGAACGAUCUCUGGCUUUGGGAGCCUGUGAGACUCUUCACCCAAACCAUCAAGCUCGGUUUCGAUGCUUCUGUGGACAAGCUUAGCAAGGACAGGCUCAAUCGUCCCACCACAUUUUGCCCGGCACCCUACGAAGAUAUACGGCAAACUUUACUGCAGUGGUUUCCUGAUGCUGGUAUUCGCAGAAGCAGUGCCAUCGAGGACGCAGAAGAGCAACGGAGACUCGCAGACCAGGAGGCAUCCACCUCUGCAAAAGAAGAAGAUGUUGCCUUCGGUCAACAGGAUGGCACCCACCCUGAUUCUCAGACCACGCCAAGGAAACGUAGAAGGGUCAAGACGGAGACAAACCCUGAAGCAUACACAUUGGAUGCAGAUGUGAUUCUACUUGACGACGCCUUGAGCGCGGAAUAUCUCGGAUCUCUUUCGGACAGCGUCUAUGGCAUUCGUCCCGUCAAUGCCUUCGCUGUCAUCAUUCAUGCUCCUCAAGCUACUGCUCAUCGCCUGCGCGAGGAGCUGAAAUCGCGUGAUGCAGGCUCCCCGAACAGGCACAUGAGUGACAGGCUGGCGAUCCAUGUAGACGAUAGCUCAGACGAUUGCUGCUUGCUGAUUGGGCAUCUGAUACCCAGCGCUGUUAAAGACCCUGCAGCAGCGUUGCGUCGGCUUCCUCUCCCAGCAUUUAGGGGGGAUUGUCCAUCCUUUACCUUCAGCAAGUGCCAGGUCACACUCAGCGCGCCGUUUCUCGACGCAGACGACGUGGUCGGACCUUCUAGUCACAGCCCAUGGGGCAGGGCUCAGAGAGGGCCAAGCGGAUCCCCUGUAAGCUCUUACGACCCUCUCACCAAGCAUCACUUCGAUCAGCAUCUGUACAUUCUGCCGGGAACUGACCGAGAGAAAGCGAACUGGAAGAGGAGGGGCAUACGCACGGGCCCAUUCCUUGCUAGCUGUUCGGCUGCCGAAGGACCGCAGGUGGUAGAUCCGCGCAGUCGAGCGACGCCCAAAAGGCUCUUUGGCGAAUUGACAUUUGACGUGGUCGCAACAAAUGAGGCGUUCGAGUAUGGCCGGAAGCGAGAUCAUGAUCACUACGUCUUGGGCGCCGCGAAUUUUCACAGAAAAGCUCCAGCUGAGGAGAUGAGGUUGUUCUUUGGAGCGCUUUUACUACAUCCCAAUGGGAACGUUGAGCUUGAUGGCCAGGAAGCGGAUGUCUGGUCUCGAGGCAACAAUUACUAUGCACCUUCGCCUUGUCAGCCACUGCCUUUGCACACCUUUGCCAGACCACAGCGCGGUGACUCAAAGAAGGCGAAGAAAAAAGAUAACAAAGCUUUGCUAGAGUGCUACGCUUCCCGCGACCGGCACUCAAGGCCCGAUCAGCCGGAGGACGGCUUGCGCAAUGACACGACAUGUUCCAGAGACGAGGCCAUCGACGCAGCGAAGCAGGAGAUCCAACCAUCUCGUGACAUGGGACAGCCUCACUUGCCACUUAACAACUCUCUCGAAACGCUACUCGAGGCAUGUCGCCCGCCGACAGACAGCCCUGAACUAUUCCCGCCGUCAUCACUAAUAGUCACGCCUUUGAAGCGCUACCAGGCUCGUGCUGUGGCAUGGAUGGCGAGUCGCGAGGAGCCUGAAGGCGUCUCUCAUGAACUUCUAUACCCUGAAUGGAUCGCUUUACGCUUCAAACAUUUAGACGAGCCCUUCGUCUCUAUAAGCAAUCAAUGGGGCCGUCUACCAGCAAUUUGCGAGUCGCGAACUCAAAGCCUUGAGACACGAGCCUCUUCUCCGCUUUCACCACCCCCAUCACCGUCUGACGCAGGCCAACGAUCGCUCGAAAUGAUGACUACGGCGCAAUCUUUCUAUCUGGAUCUUCUCACGGGCACAAUCAGCUUGAAAGCCUUCCGUGGCGAUGGAGGCUUUCAACCCGGAGGAGGACUGAUGGACGGCCUGGGAUUAGGCAAGAGCCUUGAAAUCCUAAGUCUUGUUGCGGCUCGUCCUCGCGCUCCUAACGCUGCAGACACCAGUCGCUCGGCGCUUAUGGUCGCCCAACUACCGGAAUCGCAGAGACCAUUCAUCUCUAAGGCUACACUGAUAGUGGCGCCCGCCGCACUGAUAAGCCAAUGGACAAUGGAAUGCGAGCAGCAUGCGCCAUCUUUGAGUAUCUUCCGCUGGGAUCAAGCUACGAUCGAUUGGUCCAUCAAAUCCACGAUGGACGACAUUCGCGCAGGAGCGCGGCAUUGGCUGAACGAGUUCGAUCCGGAUAUCGUGCUGUGCAGCUACGAGUUGCUUCGCGACGAGCUCAGGAGAAGCAAGAAGAAGACUUACGCAAACAGUCCGCAUACACCACUCCUGGAGAUUUGGUGGCAUCGAGUCUGUCUGGACGAAGCUCAAUUAGUUGCUAACUCGUCGGGCGCGGCUGCAGAGGGGGUCGCGUGUCUAUGGAGAACAAAUGGCUGGGUGGUUACCAGCACGCCAGCAUCUAGCUCUAUUGCAGAGCUCGCUGGCAUUGUGUCAUUCUUGGAUCACGACCCACUCGCAAAUCCCACUGCUUUCGCAAAUCUGAUCUCGAAUGGAUUUGCUGCUGGUGACUCUGAGCACAUUAGACGUGCUCGUGGGUUCUUCUCUCAGAUCUUCUGGAGGAAUACCCGAGAGCAUGUCGCCGAUGAGCUUGAGCUUCCCUCAUCCUCUGACGUCGAAAUGCGGGUGUCGAUGAAAGAUUUCGAGCUGACAAUCUUUGAGCGCGAGAUGCGCAUCGCGCGCAACUUAGCGGAGAAAGUACUCACGUACGGUAAUUUCUCGCAGCGAAAGCGUUUGCACAACCUUAUCUUGGCGCUGCGGCAGCUCAUAUCACAUCCUCAGAUUGCGACGAGUCUCGGCUAUGACGCAGGCAACAAGAGAAUGAGCUUCAAACAUCUGACCAUGGGACUCUUGUCAAGGCUGCACAAAGGGAUUACGCUCAAGCACAUGGAAGUGGUCAAGCUUGUGAUCACGAUCGCUGCUGGUCAUCGCUUCUUCGAAGAGGAGCCUGAGCCCCAGGAAUGGCGUGGAGGUGUGCCCGUGUGGGCAGACGACGUGUUGACAGAGGCUCUGCGAAGGGCAAUCGGACUCUGCGAGCUCCAUCUCGCUGCAAACACUGCCGACGAGGGCGACGAUGAUAUAGAAGAGGAAGAUCCAACUAGCGAGGCGGAGAGCGAGCUGGACGAUCCAAGCGUGCGGCCUGAGCGUGGAACAUCUGCAGACGUCAAACGCCGAAUGCGGUGGGAUGAAGCCGAGUACUGGUGCCGAGUUCUCCUCAAAGAGCCCACAGGAGGGCCGCCGGAACUACACGAUGAAAAGCGCCUCGAAAACCUUUUCUUCGAAAAAAGAAGGGUCGCCAAGAAAAGCGUAGACCCGAACAACCCUCGUUACCAUGAUGUCGUGCUCGAUGCAGGAUCCAAAGACAUGGACAAGCGAAUGGACGCGCACGACGCCUCGAGAUCUGGGAGGAAUGAAUUCGAAAACCCUACUCUCAAGAUAAAUCGCCUGCGAGGAAACAUCAAAGGCACAAGUAAGACGAAAGGGGCCAAUCAGCGCGGUGCUACACAGGUGUGGUACUACAGCCCUCGUCUAAAGCUCGAGAGACUGAUAGAACGCUUCCACGCUGCUUUGACUCAGCUCUUCGAGCAAGAAAAGGAGCUUGAAUUUUUGCGAAACCGAAUCGUCGAUGAAGGCCAGGCUCGACGCGAGGGUUCCGCAGGGCCGUCUAACGCUCGGUGUUGCAUCUGUCUGGAAGAUGACAAACAUCGUGGUUUGUUGCCAUGUCUGCAUGGUGCCUGCUUGGAAUGUCUCAGCGUACUGCUGAAUAAAGGCCAUCAGGCGGCAGAUUGUCCAAUCUGCAGACGGAAGUUUCGACGCUCCAACAUUACUGAGAUCCUACCAGAGGCGCCAGCGACCGGCGCCACCGCUCAACAACUUGAGCUCGGAUUUGGAGCGAAGAUUGAUGCUCUGAUCUUAGACAUGAGAGCUCGCAAGUUCGCCGAUCCUCAGGCUCGAUUUGUCGUCUUCUCCGUCUGGAAGCGUUGUCUAACCCUCAUCUCUGAAGCUUGUACCACCGCAGGCAUCAUGAGCCUCACUUUCGAAGGCAGUGAGCAAGAGCAAGCUUCCGCGCUCUCUCAAUUUCGUAUUGACCAGAGCAUUGAUGUGCUCUGCGUACCUCUUUCGCACACGGAGGGUGCGGCUGGUCUGACUUUGACCAUGGCCAACGUUAGCUAUUUUAUGGAGCCUUGUCUGAACGCUAGUCUCGAGCAACAGGCCCGUGGCCGCAUCAACAGAAUUGGCCAAACGCGAAACACGACCAAUGUCACCAUCCUUAUGGAGAAUACUUUCGAGCCCAAAAUCGCCGACAUAUCUACGGAGCGCUUGAACGCCGCACGUGGCGCACACGGUCAUCCGUCGGCAGCCGGACGACCUGAGCCGAUUCGUGAUCAGCCCUUGGGGGAGAAUAAUACCUUCUCGAAUGAAGAGAUAGCUAGACUCUUUGAACUCGACAUCAACGCUUUGCGGGCUGCCGAAGCCGAGCGGCGCUCUGCCACUCAAGCCCAAUUGAAUACAGAGAGAUCUGCUCAAAUGCAGACUUACCUUCAAAACUGAAACCCAAAUCCCAGACCCACCAUCUCAUCUGCAACGUUAGGCUCGUCCAUCACCUUCUUCAUUGUAGCCAAUAUCACCUUUACGUAUCAUCAUACGCCUCACUCGAAG